AUGUUCUCUUUUGAUUUUCUAAUUGUGCAUGCUUACCCAAUUCUUAUUUCAACUAUUUUGCUGCAGAAUUUUUAUAUGAUAGGAAGGGAUAAGAGUAGAACAUACUGGAGAGUGUUAAAAAUUGAUAGAUUGGAGCCUUCCGAGCUUAAUAUUCGUGAAGAUUCUACCACUUAUACAGAAAGUGAAUGCUCUGACCUGUUAAGAAGGAUACACGAGGGAAAUAAGGCCACAGGGGGGCUAAAGUUUGUCACUACUUGUUAUGGAAUUGUUGGGUUCAUUAAAUUUCUGGGGCCUUAUUACAUGCUGCUCAUUACGAAAAGGAGGCAGAUUGGUGCAAUUUGUGGUCAUACUGUCUACGCUGUAACGAAGAGUGAGAUGAUACCCCUUCCGAAUCCUGCCGUUCGAUCGAAUGUGGUUAAUUCUAAGAAUGAAAACAGAUACAAGAAGCUCCUAUGCAUGGUGGAUCUUACGAAGGACUUCUUUUUCAGCUACUCAUACCAUGUUAUGCGCAGCCUUCAAAAGAAUAAGUGUGAUGACGAGAUGGGGCAGGUCCUUUAUGAAACAAUGUUUGUUUGGAAUGAGUUCUUGACUCGUGGAAUACGGAAUCUCCUCCAGAAUACUCUUUGGACAGUUGCUUUGGUCUAUGGCUUUUUCAAGCAGGCUCCACUAUCUAUUUCUGGGCGGGACCUCAAGCUGACUCUCAUUGCAAGACGUUCACGUCAUUUUGCUGGCACCAGAUAUCUGAAACGAGGUGUAAAUGAGAAGGGCAGAGUUGCUAAUGAUGUUGAGACAGAACAGAUUGUGCUUGAGGAUAUUCCUGAAGGGUUUCCUAUUCAAAUUAGUUCUGUUGUCCAAAAUCGUGGCUCAAUCCCACUUUUCUGGUCACAGGAAACUUCACGUUUGAAUCUCAAGCCUGAUAUCACAUUGUCAAAGAGGGACCAAAGUUAUGAGGCUACCAGACUGCAUUUUGAAAAUCUUUUCGGGAGAUACGGGAAGCCCAUUAUCAUAUUGAAUUUGAUUAAGACUCACGAAAAGAAGCCUCGAGAAUCCAUUCUUCGUGCAGAGUUUGCUAAUGCAAUUGAAUCUAUCAAUAAAGAGUUAGCAGAAGAGAAUCGUCUUAAGUUCCUUCAUUGGGAUUUGCACAAACACUCGCGGAGCAAAGCUACAAAUGUUUUGCUACUUCUGGGAAGGGUGGCUGCAUAUGCGUUAACACUGACAGGUUUCUUCUAUUGUCAAGUACCACCAGCAUUAAGAUCUGAUGGCUGUUUGAAGUGGUCUAACUAUGAGAAUGUUGUUGCCAGUGACAUGUCACCCACAAAGCAUUGCAACAUUGACAACAAAAAACGUUGUUACAAUGAUGAUGAUAAUGCUGAUAAUACGGAGACAAAAAUUAGUGGAGGUAACAAUCUGGCUAAUGGAAAUCAUUCUGCCAAGCCACCCAUGUUCCAAAAGGGAGUGCUUAGGACCAAUUGCAUAGACUGCUUGGAUCGGACAAACGUUGCACAGUAUGCCUAUGGCUUGGCUGCUUUGGCACAUCAGUUGCGUGCUUUGGGUGUCACAGAUUCCACGAAGAUAGACCUUGAUGACCCUUUAGCUGAUAAAUUAAUGGGGUUUUAUGAGAGAAUGGGCGAUACUCUUGCACAUCAAUAUGGUGGUUCAGCUGCUCACAACAAGAUUUUCUCCGAGAGAAGGGGUCAGUGGAAAGCUGCCACCCAGUCCCAGGAAUUCUUCAGGACUCUUCAACGAUACUACAGCAAUGCCUACAUGGAUGCAGAGAAACAAAAUGCCAUUAACAUAUUCUUGGGGCAUUUUCAACCUCAACGUGGUAAACCUGAAGUCUGGGAGCUGGAUUCCGAUCAGCAUUACAAUGCAUAUAGGAACGGGCAAGCAAUUAUUGAUGAAAAUGGAAGAUCUCUUUUCAAAAGAUCCUUAUCAGAUGGGAACAUUCUUCGUGAAAGCCACUCACCCAUGUCCUCUUCAAACUUCGAGAAGGAUCUUUCUGACCUGUCUGAUCGAUCACGAGGAGGAAGCAAAAUGCUUUCCGAGUCAACACCAGAAAUAUCUACUUGUGAAAGUGAUAUAGCAUUUUCAAGAUCUCUUUUCAAAAGAUCCUUAUCAGAUGGGAACAUCCUUCGUGAAAGCCACUCACCCAUGUCCUCUUCAAACUUCGAGAAGGAUCUUUCUGACCUGUCUGAUCGAUCACGAGGAGGAAGCAAAAUGCUUUCCGAGUCAACACCAGAAAUAUCUACUUGUGAAAGUGAUAUAGCAUUUUCAAGGUAUACUCCUUCUAUGCCACGUAGAGAGCUUUUUGUAGACAUGCAGAGAGAAAGAUGCCUCGAAAAUGAUAAUGGUGAUGCACUUGACUGCUCAAACUUCGUUGAUUUAGACUGGCUUUCCUCCUCUGGAAAUUCAUGUGAGGAAGAAUUGUUUGAGAGGUCCAUGCUGACAAACUCCCCUAUUGCUGGACUGUCAUCUGACAAUGUUAUCAAUGACCCUGUAGAAGAAACAACCCCAUCCACCAGUGAAUAUGGAUCAUGCAUGAAGGUGAGGGAGCAGACUGGAACUGAGCUAUCCUAUGAUGAUGCCCAAAAUUAUGAAGUUCCUGGGGAAUUUUCGGAUAGCUUUGUACGCUGGGUGAGGGAGCAGACUGGAACUGAGCUAUCCUAUGAUGAUGCCCAAAAUUAUGAAGUUCCUGGAGAAUUUUCGGAUAGCUUUGUACGCUGGGUAACGUUUGGAGAGACGAUCUGCCAUUGA